ACCAUUUGUGGAACCCGCUCCGCGCAGGAACAUUAUAGAUGUCGGACGGGAGCGAUGGAAAAAUGGCGGCUGCUAUGGUACAAAUGUCAUGUUUGUACCGGGGCAUGUUAGCGGUCAGGGCCACCGGCAUCAGGACGCUGAUCCCCGGGCUGGUCCCGGCGCAGUUCCGAGCCUUCUCAGUGCGGAAGGAGCCGGAGCUGGAGGAGAACCCGUACUUCAGCAAGUACCAGGACAAGAUCCAGAAGCUGCGCAGUGCUAAACCACAGGAGUACAAGGCCCGACUGGAGAAACGUCAUGAGGCCAAGAAGGAAGUGCUCGGACAGUCGAAGCAGGCGGAGUUCGUCAGGCUCAUGGAGCAAGAGUUGGAGAAGAGAGACGAGAUGGCUGCCGGCGACGGAGCCUCUGGAGGUUUCACAAAGAACAAGACGCUGGCCUCCAUCCUCAACGUGGAGAUGAUCCGGGACAAGACGGGCGAGGAGAUCGCGGAGCUUUGGAUGAAAUAUUAUUCAACGAAGGACACAAUUAGCGCCGUCAUCCCGACACAGAUCUAUGAGAUGAUUUUCAGCAGGUCAAAGUCCUGCCCGAUGUUCCUCUACGCUUUGCCUCAGAAGGAGGGCUACGAGUUCUUUGUGGGUCAGUGGUCUGGACACGAGCUCCACUUCAGCUCCCUCAUCAACGUGCAGAUGCUGGGCGAGAACGCGCCCAGUCAGCUGAUCCUCUACCACUACCCAGACCUGCAGGAGGAGAAGGGCGUGGUCCUCAUGACGGCGGAGAUGGACCCCAAGUUUAUAACUGUCCACCAGGCUCAGUGCUUGGCCAACCAGGUGCAGCUGUUCUACGGCACACGGAGGCAGGAGACGUACCGAUUGGUGGAGACGUUUAACCACCAGCCCGCAGACUUCAAACACAUGUCGGUGAUAGCGGAGCUGGAACAGAGCGGCUUGGGGCCGGCGGUCGCCCCUGGGGGCUCGUAGGGGAGACCAGAGGUGGACUGGAGGCGCCGUCGGACCACCUGCUGUCUGAGUCCCAGGAACUGUUGGUCUUCAUUUAAAGUCACAAAGAGAUAACGCACUUCUUUGCUCAGCACUCUCCACUGGGAUUCACCCGUUCUUCAAACUGAAUAUAAAGUUUGCAGCAGCGGCUGAGAUUCAGGCAAAAGAGCUUAAAGGAAAACAAACUGUUUCUCGUGAACCGUGAACUUCCUCUGGGACUUGACCAUCACAUCAUUUCAUUGUGUAUAAAUUUGUAACCAUAGCAGAAUAGUGUGGUAGUGUGAUCAGAUCAAUAAUAAAUAAAUACUACAGAAAAUAA